AUGAGUCGCUUCAUUGGUGAUACAACCUCCACCCAGCCAACCUUCAACCAGCCAACCUCCAACCACCCAACCUCCAACCACCCAACCUCCAACCACCCAACCUCCAACCACCCAACCUCCAACCAGCCAACCUCCAACCACCCAACCUCAGCCAGCCAGCCUCCAACCACCCAACCUCCAACCGCAACACUUCAGCAGCAACCUCCAACCGCAACCUCCAACCAGCCAACGCUUCAACCGCAACCUCCAACCGCAACCUCCAACCGCAACCUCAACCAGCCAGCCUCCAACCAGCCAACCUCCAACCGCAACCUCCAACCAGCCAACCUCCAACCAGCCAACCUCCAACCACCCAACCUCCAACCACAACCUCCAACCUCCAACCAGCCAACCUCCAUCAACCUUCCAACCACCCAACCUCCAGCCGCAACCUCCAACCGCAACCUCCAACCACCCAACCUCCAACCACCCAACCUCCAACCAGCCAACCUCAACCAGCCAACCUCCAGCCAGCCAACCUCCAACCCCUCCAACCGCAACCUCCAACCGCAACCUCCAACCGCAACCUCCAACCGCAACCUGCAACCAGCCAACCUGCAACCAGCCAACCUCCAACAGCCAACCUCCAGCCAGCCAACCUCCAACCAGCCAGCCUCAGCCAACCUCAACCACCCAACCUCCAACCAGCCCAGCCUCAACCAACUUCAACCUCCAACCACCCAACCUCAACCACCCAACCUUCAACAGCUAACCUCCAGCCAGCCAACCUCAGCCAGCCAACCUCCAACCAGCCAACCUCCAUCCAUCCAACCUCAACCAGCCAACCUCCAACCAGCCAACCUCCACCACACAACCUCCAACCAUCCAACCUCAACCAGCCAACCUCAACAACCAACCUCCAACCGCAACCUCCAACCAACAACCUCCAUACCACCCAUCUUCCAACCAGCCAACCUCCAACCACACCUUCACCCCACAACCUCCAACCAUCAACCUCCAACCAGCCAACCUCCAACCAGCCAACCUCAACCGCAACCUCAACCAACCAACCUCCAUACCACCCAUCUUCAAUAG